UUUUCCCCGAGCAUAUCGUCAUCAUUGGAGCUUUGGCGGCGACCGCGUCACUAAACACCACGUCCGGCGCAUCCACCGCUAAAACCAGGGCCCGAUUCACACCCCACCUAGGUCGAAGCUUUUCCUGCAGCCAACAAUCCACCCGCGCCUUCCGCAGCUGACUUUGAGACGUGCUCAUCCUUCUUCCUUCACAACACUUUGCGCCCACCAAUUGCCCUUGAUACCCCGCCGCGCUCCUCAACACUACCAACACCAGUCCUCCACCGGCAUUACUAUGGCGGAUACCGUAAUUCAGCCCGAGGUCGAGGCCAAUGCCGGCACCAAGGAGCUCAAAGAUAACACCACCAUCAUCGUGCUAGGCGCGUCCGGUGACCUGGCCAAGAAGAAGACCUUCCCUGCGCUCUUCGGUCUCUACCGCAACAACUUCCUCCCUAAGGACAUUCGCAUCGUCGGCUAUGCACGCACAAAGAUGGACCACGAGGAGUACCUCAAGCGCGUCAAGUCGUACAUCAAGACCCCGACACAGGAGAUGGAGAAGCAACUCGAGGAGUUUGUUGGCUUCUGCUCGUACGUCUCCGGUCAGUACGACAAGGAUGAGUCCUUCAUCGAGCUGGAGAAGCAUCUGGCCGAGCUCGAGAAGGGCCGCAAGGAGAACAACCGCAUGUUCUACAUGGCACUGCCUCCCAGCGUCUUCAUCACAGUUUCACAGCACCUGAAGCGCAACAACUACCCCAAGAACGGUAUUUCUCGUGUUAUUGUCGAGAAGCCCUUCGGUAAGGACCUCCAGAGCUCUCGCGAGCUCCAGGGCGCGCUUGCCCCCGACUGGUCCGAGGACGAGCUUUUCCGUAUUGACCACUACCUUGGUAAGGAGAUGGUCAAGAACAUCCUGAUCCUCCGGUUCGGUAACGAGUUCUUCGGCGCCACCUGGAACAGGAACCACAUCGACAACGUCCAGAUUACAUUCAAGGAGCCAUUCGGCACAGAAGGCCGUGGUGGUUACUUCGAUGAGUUCGGCAUCAUCCGUGAUGUCAUGCAGAACCACUUGCUGCAGGUCCUAACUCUGCUCGCCAUGGAGCGCCCAAUCUCUUUCUCGGCCGAAGACAUCCGCGACGAGAAGGUCCGUGUCCUGCGAGGCAUGUCCGCGAUCGAGCCCAAGAACGUUAUUAUCGGACAGUACGGAAAGUCGCUCGACGGAACGAAGCCCGGUUACAAGGAGGAUGACACAGUCCCCAAGGACUCGCGUUGCCCUACAUUCGCUUCGAUGGUCGCAUACAUCAAGAACGAGCGAUGGGAUGGCGUACCUUUCAUCCUGAAGGCAGGUAAGGCGCUCAACGAGCAGAAGACUGAGGUCCGCAUCCAGUUCAAGGAUGUCACCUCCGGCAUCUUCAAGGACAUUCCCCGUAACGAGCUGGUCAUUCGUGUCCAGCCCAACGAGUCCGUCUACAUCAAGAUGAACUCCAAGCUGCCCGGUCUCAGCAUGCAGACCGUGGUCACAGAGCUCGACCUGACAUACAGGCGGCGAUUCUCCGACCUUAAGAUCCCCGAGGCUUACGAGUCGCUCAUUCUUGAUGCGCUCAAGGGCGACCACAGCAACUUCGUUCGUGACGAUGAGCUCGAUGCCAGCUGGAGGAUCUUCUCGCCUCUGUUGCACUACCUCGACGACAACAAGGAGAUUAUCCCCAUGGAAUACCCAUACGGUACGUACAUCAAUCAUGUAGCACUCGAACCCAGCUAAUCAGUGCAGGAUCUCGCGGCCCGGCCGUUCUCGACGACUUCACGUCGUCGUACGGUUACAAGUUCAGCGACGCAGCAGGCUACCAAUGGCCCAUGCAG